GCCCCUUCCGACCCGUCCGGCGAAAUAGGCAGGUUUCCGAUGCCUAGGUGAUUUGCGUUUUGCUGUGUGCUACUCUGCAGGCUGUGCCACAAGAGUAUUAGAAGCCCGAGGACAUUGCAUAGCUAAACUGAUUCGAAUGGACACCAGCCGGAGUGCUUUGCUGCUGCGGAAACAGCUUAACGAGCUGAAGAAAAAUCCUGUAGAGGGCUUCUCCGCCGGUCUCAUCGAUGACAAUGACAUCUAUAAGUGGGAGGUCCUUAUAAUCGGUCCCCCUGAUACGCCUUAUGAGGGCGGCUUCUUCAAGGCACACCUCUUCUUCCCUGGAGAAUAUCCCAUUCGUCCACCCAAGAUGAAGUUCAUCACUGAAAUUUGGCAUCCGAACAUCGAUAAAAACGGGGACGUUUGCAUUUCAAUCUUGCACGAGCCCGGUGACGACAAAUACGGCUACGAGAAAGCAAGCGAGCGUUGGCUUCCAGUACACACGGUCGAGACUAUUCUAAUCUCAGUGAUCAGUAUGUUGGCAGAUCCCAAUGACGAAUCUCCGGCGAACGUCGAUGCAGCGAAGGAUUGGCGAGAGAACUACGGCUUAUUCAAACGGAAGGUUGCGCGUUGUGUUCGGAAAAGUCAGGAAGAAAGUUAGCCUCAUACCAGCCUUUCAUGCGCACAUAGUCUUUGAUAGCCGACCAUUGAAAUCGAAAGAGAAGGGAAACGUGGAACGAAAAAUCAAAUAAACAAAGGAGCCUGCGGAAAGACAGACACCUAACAUGCCACCAAAAUUACAAGGAUCACCAUGAGGAACGAGAGACAAGGUCAUGGCGAAGACGACAUGUUGUCAUUGUCAGAGAGGACAAAUCUUCAUAAACAAAAAAUAAAAAAAAUAGAAAAUUCCGUCGUGGAA